AUGACCCUGGUUCCAGAUAUCCUUUCCCCCCCUCCCAAAGCUCCUGAGAUCCCCAUUAUCGAACAAGCUUAUUCAAAGUUGAGUAACAGUAUCACAGUGGAAUGGGCAGCAGUCGCAGGGGCAUCCAGUUACUUGCUGACAGCACAGGAUGGAGACUCAUUCAUUGAAACAAUCAUCACAAAUUCACCAGGCACUGUGACAGGGUUGAAGGCUGCCACAGUGUACAAAAUAUCAAUCCGAUCUAUAAAUGCUGGAGGGAGAAGUCAACCUUCACCUGCAAAGAAGGCAAAGACAGGGCCCCACAUGCCAGCUGAUGUUCAGGUGACUUUUGACAGUGGAGCCUUGAGAGCUGUUAUUUCUUUCACACCAGCAGAAGGAGCAUCUAGUUAUAUCACGGCAGCCCACAGUGGCACCUCUGAGCUAAACUGUAGCACGACUUCCAGUUCCUGCACUAUACCAUCACUUGAGUGUGGGGCUGAGUAUUCUCUGUCUGUCGUAGCAAGCAAUGAGGCUGGUUCAAGCAUCCCUACUGAGGCUGUCACUUUCAAAACUGUUCCUUGUGCUCCAGAAAGUGUAACAGUUGAAGAAGCUGAGCCUGGCAAUUUGUCAGUAUCAUGGUCCAAUGUUGAUCUAAGUGAUUAUUACGUGGUCUUUGUGAAAAGUGAUGAUGGCCUGGAGGUGCACUGCAACACCUCCCAGACCCAGUGCUACUUCCAGUCAGACUGUGGCUUUACCUAUUUCAUCAGUGUCUUUGCCUAUAACAGGGCAGGGCAGAGCCCCUUGGGUGACAUAUUUAACCAUACCACUGCACCCUGCUGCCCCAGUGACUUCAACCCAGUGUUUGUGUCUAGUGACACUGUUCAGAUUGUCUGGUCUCCUGUCCGUGGUGCUGAAAUGUAUGAAACCAAAGCUGUCGACUGGUCCAAUGAGCUGCUAUGCAAUGACACUGCCACCAUUUGUACCCUGUCUGCACUGCAAUGCAACACCCAGUACAACAUCACCGUCUAUUCGUUCAGUGAAAUUCGAGGCAGCAAUACGUCCUGUGCAACUAAACAUGUGGCAACAGCUCCAUGCAGCCCAGAAAUAAUAAGCGUUUCAAAGGAAACACUCUCUGUAAUUAGUGUGCACUGGAUUGCCAAUAAUGAUGAAGCAACAUACACAGUCACUUGUGGGUCACUGUUCUCUAUUAGUGCUGUUGCGAGCACAGAAGCAGGACGCAGCUUGCCUAGUUACAGCGUCCCUUUAGAGACAGCUCCUUGCUGCCCAGCUGAUCUUACAGUAACCCUAGUUACACAGUCUGUAACAAACAUCAGCUGGUCUAUUGGGACUGGUGCGAAGACAUACAUAACAACUUUGGAAUCACACAAACGACAGGCCAGAUGUCACACACUCCAAAACAGUUGCCUCCUAGGAUGCAUUACAUGUGGCACCAACUACACUGUAUCUGUCAAAGCAAUCAGUGAAACAGGCUUGAUUUCAGAUUGUAUAUACAGAAGAUUUUCUUCCAGUGCCUGCUGCCCAGCUGGAGUUAAACUGUAUAGACUGGACAAUAAUGGCAUACGAAUAUACUGGCGGACUUUGGAAGGGUCAAUAAACUACACUACAGAUCUGUAUGGUUCAAAAGGAAAUUUCACCUGCACAUCCAGUGUAGCCGUGAGUUACUGUGAUGUCACUGAGAUACCCUGUGGAGAUGUCUAUACAGUCGUGGUAUCACCAGUAACUGAUAAAGGAUCAAAACUUACAUUUUGCCCUAAGAAAAUAUAUUCAGUGACUUGUUCUGGAAGUUCAGUAGGAAUGGUAAUCUACAAGGGAAAGAAGAAUGCUGACAACCACCAGGUUUCACGGGAAACAAACUGA